AUGAAGGCCGUCGUCUUUGACGGUCUUCGCAAAGUUUCCGUCCAGGAUCGCCCAAUUCCAAAAGGUUAGUAAAAAUCCCUCCCCUCGACGUUCGCCACGCAUCCCAGCCAACCGAGAACUAAAAUUCUUAAAAGUGCGGAAUAGUCACGAAAUUGUCGUGAAAGUUUCGGCAACCGCGCUAUGUGGCUCGUAAGCUCAUCACUUCAUGUUCCCAGCAUGAAAAUGUAUCCAUUGGCUCACUGAUCUCCGUACAAAGCGAUCUUCAUGUCUAUCGUGGCUUGGAGUCUUCUCAGCCAGGGUAUGUGAUGGGGCAUGAGUUUACGGGCAUUGUUGUCGAAGCGGGCGAGGAUAUCAAAAACAUCCAACUUGGUGAUCAGGUUGUUGUCCCAUUCACGAUUUCUUGGUAAGUCAACCAAUUCCCGGCUUGUCUUGGACUUACGCUGAUCAAAAUACGCCCUUUCAUUUAGCAUGAAGUGCUUUUACUGUAAGCACGGGUGGACCUCACGAUGUGAAUCCUCUCUUCUUCUCGGAAGCCCCAAUCUGGACGGCGCUCAGGCCGAAUACGUCCUUGUGCCACAUGCCGACGGCACGGCGAUAAAAGCCCCAAGUGGCGUCCCCAAGGAGACACUCGUUCUCAUGGCUGACAUCUUCCCGACUGGUUUCUUCGGUGCAAAGAAUGCAUUCAAGCUGAUGGACCAGAUUGACCCUAAGGAAGCUACGGUCGUGGUCAUGGGUUGCGGGCCUGUCGGUCUCUGCGCCAUCAUUUGUGCCCUUGAAUAUACCCCGAAGCAGAUUAUUGCCAUUGAUGGUGUUGACAGCCGUUUAGAAGUCGCCAAAUCUCUUGGUGCCAUACCUCUAAACUAUACUAAAGAAGGCGUCAAUCUGGCACAAUUCGUUUUACAAGCAACCGAGGGCAGGGGGGCGGACGCAGUCAUCGAAGUGGUGGGUGCGAAGCAAGCUCUCAGAACAGCAUACGAUAUCAUUCGGCCUUGGGGCGUGAUUAGUAGCAUUGGAGUUCAUAACUCAGAGGUGGGCGAUCAAAACUCCCACCAACUGCCAUUACGGCAUACUAACACCUAGUCACACAGGUUCCUUGGACCGCGACGGAAGCAUAUGAGUGA